CCUAUACGCAGGCGCACUGGCGGCUGCCGGGAGCGCUUCCGCCUCCCGCCGUCGCCAUGGCCGCACCGGCCCCGGGCCUCAUCUCUGUCUUCUCCAGUCCUCAGGAGCUGGGCGCUUCCCUGGCACAGUUGGUUGCCCAGCGGGCCAGCUGCUGUCUGGCUGGGGCCCGCGCCCGCUUUGCGCUCGGCCUGUCGGGUGGUAGCCUCGUUUCCAUGCUGGCAAGCGAGCUGCCCGCCGCCGUCGCUCCCGCCGGCUUGGCCAGCCUCACGCGCUGGACGCUGGGCUUCUGCGACGAGCGCCUCGUACCGUUCGAGCACGCUGAGAGCACGUACGGCCUCUACAGGACGCACCUGCUCUCCAAGCUACCCAUCCCUGACAGCCAGGUGAUCACCAUUAACCCCCAGCUUCCUGUGGAGGAGGCAGCUGAGGACUACGCCAAGAAGCUGAGACAGGCCUUCCAAGGGGACUCCAUCCCAGUUUUUGACCUGCUUAUCCUGGGGGUGGGCCCCGAUGGCCAUACCUGCUCACUCUUCCCAGACCAUCCCCUCCUGCAGGAACGAGAGAAGAUAGUAGCCCCCAUCAGUGACUCCCCAAAGCCACCUCCACAGCGUGUGACCCUUACACUUCCUGUGCUGAAUGCAGCCCGAACUGUCAUCUUUGUGGCUACUGGAGAAGGCAAGGCAGCUGUUCUGAAGCGCAUUUUGGAGGACAAGGAGGACAACCCUCUCCCUGCAGCCCUCGUCCAGCCCCACACUGGGAAACUCUGCUGGUUCCUGGACGAGGCAGCAGCCCGACUCCUGACUGUGCCCUUUGAGAAGCAUUCCACUUUGUAGCUGAUCCUCGAGGACGCCGCAUUUGGGACCACGUGCGGCCUGAGGGGGCUGGGACCUUCGACGGCUGUGCCUCUCCACUGCCAUGUUCUGGGCUUCGUUAUUAAAAAGCCACGUGGUGCCCUGACUGAAGUGGCUCAGUGGGUUGGGCAUCUCCCUGCAAACAGUGGUCACUGGUUUGAUUCCUGGUCAGGGCACAUGCCUGGGUUGUGGGUUGUCUUUGGCUGGGGGCGUGUGAGAGGCAACCAAUCAUGCAUGGCUGUUUCUCCCUCUCUCCCCCCCGCCACCCCAAUAAAUAAAUGAAAAUCUUUCAAAAUUAAAA